AUGACUGUCAACUACAACACGACUGGAGAGCUGAGCGACGGGGCAAGGAACUUUGUGUUUUUCAAGAUCCCUCAAAUUCAGUAUCAAAACCAAAGAGUCCAAAUAAUGAUGUUUAAAAAUAUGACGCCGUCUCCCUUUCUGAAGUUCUAUCUCGAUGAUGGUGAGCAGGUCCUUGUGGAUGUGGAAGGGAAGAACUACAAAGACAUUUCCCUGCACGUCAAGAAGAUCCUAGGAAAAUCCGAGGAUACGUUACAGGCUGAGGCAGAGGUGAAGGCUUCAAAUCCUGCUAAUUUUGGUCCAAAAAAGUACUGUCUUCGGGAGUGUAUCUGUGAAGUGGAGGGACAGGUGCCGUGUCCUGGAACAAAACCUUUGCCCAAAGAGAUGACUGGAAAGUACAGAGCGAAGAUGGCCGCACAGCAGGAGUAG